CGUCACCAACCUUUUCAGGUUAAUAUGUGCCAUGGCUAAACCGUAGAGCGAUCGGUCCUCAUCACCUUUUUUUGCUCCUCUUUUUUAUAUACACUAAUCAGGAUUACCUGUCAUAAGGGAAAGAAGAGCAACAAUUGAAUUACCAUCACAUAUUGAAUCGAAAUCGAACUAAAUUUUCGAGACACAUUUUCUAUCAGAAGAUUAUGGUGAAAUAUUACAGCGGUACUCAAAUCUUAAAAUUUUCCUGGGACCAGUUAGCUUCUGCAUUUUGGCAACGCUAUCCAAAUCCAUACAGCAACCAUGUUUUAACGGAAGAUGUGAUUUCACGGGAGAUUGUCAACCAGAAGCUCCACACCAAGCGGUUGUUAACCAAGACAAACCCUGUGCCAAAAUGGGGUGAAAGAUUCGUAUCACGGGCGCGUCAUGUAUGCAUUGUUGAAGAAUCCAUUAUUGAUCCUGUUGCCAAAACUGUUAUCACAUACACCAGAAAUAUUGGAUUGCAGAGAAUUAUGCAAUUGGAAGAAAAAUGCGUCUAUCGCACCAGUGCUGAUAACACUAGAUGGACAGUGUGUGAAAGAUGGGCCUACAUCAACUCGAGCAUCUUUGGAUUUUCACGUGCCAUCCAAGUCUUCGCACUUGAGCGCUACAAAAAGAACGUGCAGAAGACACAGAAGGGUUUCGAACACAUCCUCUCUCGGUUGUACAUCAUGCAUGAUCCGUCACACAGCAGCAGCACAGACACAAUAUCUCGUGUGCAUGGCGGCAAAGAAGGGAAACAGAAAUUGAAAGAGACUGCACGAAAGGCCACAGAACUUGCACAACGUCCUGUCUUGUCCACGCCUGGCCAAAUAUCUUGAUGACAUUUCAUCCCAAAGAGAUGGGUAGUUGGGCAAGGCUAAAACCAAAACACUCCAUGUUUUCAAACAGAUAAAAAAAAAAAGGAACCCAGCCUGCACAAAUUUAUUAAGAAAUUGCUAAAAAAAAAAGGUAGGGAUUGCACAGGGUUGGGAACUGCAAACAAAGGAUAUAAGAAGCAAAAAACAUUUAUGGUUACAGACGAGGCAAAUUAUCAUUUUUUUAAAUUUUUUAAGAGGCUAGUUUAGUCAAGUGGGUGGCUUGACUCUAGUAUAUUACAGAUACUUAAUUUAUCAAUUUUUGAUCACAUUCUUUUCAUUCAUCUUCUUCUGGUCUUGUUAAAUAUGUACCAGUAAUGUACUGGUUUCUGAUCAGUUGACCGUAACUUCACCUUUUCCUUGCAAAAAAAACAAGUUGAUCUUGUGGAAAGAAAUAUAUUUAUUAUGUGUCAUGGGGGUGAGUUGAUUCAUUCAUGCAGGAGGUGACUUGAAUGCAUUUUUGUAUUUUGUGUUCCAUUCCUCCAUAAGAAUAACAACACUAACAUCUUUGAUUUAGUUGACUACCAUUUCACAUUUCACAUUCUCCAAUUUGACCGUGUUGUGUUUGUGUUCUUUCCGUGGCACAAAGUGCUGGGUAGCGGCGCAUGUAAAAUGGCUGUGAACAGCACUUGAAACAAGUUCUUGCUUUCGGUUUGACAAGAAGUCAAUACUGCACCAGUGCUUGUGCCAGAAAGUGCCAUCUUCUUAUUCUUCAAUCGUACACAAAACCAAUUAUUUCUUGUUCAUUUGAAUCGACUUACUGUUCUUACUCUUAGUUAUUUUAUCAACCUCAUCACUUGGGUGGUGGGGCAGUGCGGGGGGGGGGUGUAUGUGUUUACUAAAAUGCAUUGUCAGAUCUGGCUGGAUUUGAACUCAAAACUGAGAGGCAAGUAACAAAAUAUUGUAUCUUGCUUUUCCGAUGCAGCAAUGCAGCAUGGUGCCUUUUCUGUCACUCUUCUGUGUUGGUCUUUUCCAUUGCCCUUCCCAUGGGGGAAAAUAUAUGGAAAGCAACACAAUUUUUAAGCGGGAACCUUCGAGUGGCAGUCUCUCAGACUACUAGAAACAUCAGCUGGAUCUCAAAAUUCACACCUGCUGUCUUGAAAAAAAGAGUAAGAUGCAUGAAAUACAAAAAUACAAUGUGGUCAUAGGUUCAGUUAGGGCUAAACAAUAACAAGAUUGAUAAUUUCUUAGAUAGAAAAAAAACUUCAGAUUUAUCAGGGGAAGGGAAAUGCUUUUACUGUGUGAAGAGUUUUAGUACCAAAUACUGUCGUGUGAAGCAGUUUAACCCUUUUGACACCAACCUGCUUUAGACCUCCUUGGUUCUCAGAUGCAAAUUUCCUGCUUUAAAGUCACCUAAAUUAAAACCUUCCCUCAAUAUUUCUUGUUAAUAUAUGUUCUAAACCAGGUUAUUAAUGAUAAAUAAUCUUGAAAAUACUGAAGAAUUUUGUAAAAUAACUUCAUCAUUAUUAAGCUGAUAUUUCAAACUUAGAUUAACAUAAAAUUUGGAUGGUUAAGUUUUAAUUUAGAUCGUUUUAAAACAGACAGUUUGUGUUGUAGAACCAGGAUGCAGUUUCAAGUGAGUCGGAAUCAAAAGGGUUAAAAACAAUAUGAGCCUAGUUAUAGACUAGGACUAAUCAAAUGAGUACUUGUACUCAUAGCCUUUACUGUUUGUGCCUCGGAAAGAAAUCUUUACCAGUAUUGCUUCACACCAAAGUUGGUCUUGUCUGAAUGGUAAUAAUGAAGUUAAAGUGGUUGAGGUGAUGGUAGUGGUAGUUCGUGCUGUUGUAUAGAACCCAAUGGAAUUACAGAGCUAUGUGAUAUAUUGAGCCCUUCCCCAACUCCCAACCAAAAAAUAAAAAAAAAACUAUGCCCCACCAUCUAGAUACUGCAGUUA